AUGAAUCGCUCAGCAGCGCCAGUGACUGGGCCCAACGGUUUUGCUGUAUUUGCACAAGAGCUGCAAAAAAAGCUUACUGGACAACGACAAAUCGAAAAAGACGGCUUAAUUUCGCCCUCUUUCCAGAGUAUUGCUGUGCCACUUUGGGAAGCUCUCAGUAGCGGCAGCAAAAAGGAGGAGAUCGCGAAAGACAAAAAUAAGGACAUUGCGGGAGGCAAAGAAGAAGGUACCGCGAAAGGUAAAAAAAAGGGUAAAAAAGUGGAAGAGUUUGAAGAGGACGAAUAUUUAGACGAACUGACCAUCGGCGUACCAAUGAACCAAAAGGACUACGACACGAAAGAGAACAACCUCAGUAAAAUGACUUACAAGGACAAGUACCAGAACGACAAAGCAUGCGUACUCACAUUUUUGCGCACUCUCAAAGAUAUGGAUGAAGUCCGCUAUUCAACGGUGGUCGGACCAUGGCGCUUGAAUAAUGACGUAGAACGUCAGAGAGCUGAGUUUCAUGCUGCUCGAACGCAUCAGCUUCAUUUGAGCAUUUUCUCCAAGUACCCGCACAACAUUCCGACACAAAACACGUGCUUGCGAGAGAUUUUGGGUCGCUGCGAGCCAGAAAUUGCGAAACAGCAGGGCGUUUGCGUGGGUCUCUAUAAAAAUGGAAUCACCGAAUUUGAAAAUGACAUGGUAGGUUUUUUUUACUGCCGCUUCAGUUGA